AUGCUCCGUCGUCGCCACAAAAAGUCCAAGAAGGGCUGCGAGCAAUGCAAGCGACGUCACGUCAAGUGUGAUGAAGGUCAACCAACAUGUCGUCUCUGCACCUUGACAGAUCGAAAAUGUAGCUUCUCGACCUUAGAUCUGCCAUCUCCACCUUCAACCUCAACCUCGAUUCCAAGCCCAGACCCCAACCAUGCCUCAACAAGUACCUCCUCGCCCACACCAACCAGUGUCGAGAAUGUCGUCAACAUGGAACACAUGGAACUAUUUGUCCACCUCAUCACCGACCGAAACCUAUUCAGCCUCGGCGAUACCGUCAAGGAUUACAAGGCUACCUUGGAUGUCUGUAUCAAGAAAAGCAUUUAG